GAGACUGGUGCAAAUCUUAAGUUGCAGCGGAUGUCUUACAUGACGUCACUCAAAGGUCUCCACAUAUGGAAAUAUGUACUAUUUUGUGAAUGGGAUUGGGAGGAUGUGAGCUGCUUUAAGAGUUAAUAAUUGGAGUAUUUUCAACGUUCAUUGAUACAGCGAGGAAAUGCCUCUUCAGGAGAGGAUGUAGCGAGGUAUAAAUGCCAGCCUCGGAGCAGUUAUCAAAGAAUCAGUCUGUUAUACAGCGUGCUCGUCUGGCUCGCGGGUAUUUAACGCGUCUCAACAUGGAUGUCUUGCGUGGUGUAAAACUUGAAUAUGUACUGUUGUGUCUGUUUGCCCUCGAGGGGGUUCUUGUGAAUGGUUUAUCACUGGAAACAGAUUUGUCCGUGUUGUCAGAGCUGCUGCCUGGCGUGUACAGCAACUCGAAACAGUAUGUGGCGGAGGCAGGGGCCCGACCAGCUAAAGGCCACAUGUUGAUGAAGACCGUCAUCCGUCCGGUAGAUGUUCCCUUCCUAGGACAUUCCUUCAAUGUGUUUGUUGAGCAGUACAGCGGGGCAGAUAGUGUCCCCUAUCGCCAAAGGUUGGAGAGCUUCUCAGUGGAUGACGCUCAGCGCGCGAUACGUCUGAGAACGUUCAACUUUGCCAAUGCCUCGAUGAUCCCCAGGUUCUCCAGCGACUUGAAGUUGUUGAGGAAUCUCAGUGUGUCCGACGUGGUGACACAGAAGGGAUGUGAUAUGUUCUGGAGGAAGUUAAAGAAGAGGACGUUUGUCGGUGCAACCGGACGGGGCUGCCUGGGUAGCGUGAGACGAGAACCGGUAAGAAUUUCUGUAUCAACGACAUUAACCUCAAAGAUGCUAACCACUCAUGAAGGUUGGUACAGGGUCAAGGACGGUACCAAGGUCAUGGAGAUUGAGGUACCCUUCAACUUAAUCAAGGUCAAGAGGAUUUCAGGAGCCAGAUAUAUUCCACGUGCAGUCAGUCCCCGUGUGCGCAUGUCUAGGCAUCUGAUACAGAACGAUCUGCCCCAGGAUCGACCUAACUACAUGAGGCGGAAGAACCCCAAGUUCAGCCUGAAGCCCCGGAAGCAAAGGACCUACCUCAGCAGCAUCCCCACAUCCAACAGCGCAUGGACAUUGCGCACCUUUCGGUCACUUCUGGAUGCCUUGGGUUCCGGUCGAGCAGUGUACUUCAUCAUGGAGUUGUCGCGGUGUAUGCUACCUUCGCAGGCCAAGAUUGAGAGAACUUCUUUCGGAGACGCCAUAGACGUGUUUGAGCACGUGAAGCAAAUGCAGGGGAGACGGAGAGAGUUUAUCAAGUUCAGCCAACGAAAGUUUCAACAAAGUGCCAGAGGAUACGAAACUGCUGUGAGAGAAAUUACAGUUUUCCGCAAUGGCAAAGUAAUAGUCCGACUCCGUAUGACGAAACCAGACAAAGUCCCAGUCACAUACGCAGCAAGCUGCAGGCUCUACGAUUAUGACGCGAGUUCUGGAGAUGUGAAAUUCUCAACGGAUCCUUUCAAAAACGUGAGGAGAAUCAAGACUUUUGGCUUUCUGAGGUCAUCAUUGAAGAAAGGUCGACGAGUACGGAUGACUGUGGAUUUUUCGAAAUGUUCCGGAAACAGCCCGAAUACAAUGACGGAAAUUGGCGGCGAAAUACGAGGCUACGACUUCAUCAAUUCCGGAAAAGGGAUUGAAUUUUCAUUGGCAAGACCAGAGCUGGACUUGUCACGCGACGGAGUAUCGCAGCGCUUCCUGCUUGGUCGUGUUUUACACAACGGUGACGUCAUAUUUACAGACAUCGGUGACGAACAUUCAAAUUCCUUCCACCAAAAUGAACAUCACUUCAAGUGUUCCCUGAGAGGCAGCGAAUCGGUAGAAAAACCUGGCGAGAAAUCAGUGAAAAUGUAUUACCUGUGAAAUGAUUCCGUAUAGUACUGUGUAUCACCCCCUCACGUUAAUCGAUGUGUGAAGAUGUUGAGAAUAGUGACAGCUUUGUAAAUAUCAUUGAUAUGUGAUACUUUAUUCAAAUACCUGAAUGCUACAUGUUACAUCACUUGUCUUUUUUACUUAAAUCACACUUUUUUGUCCAGUGAAACAAUGUUGCUGAAAAGCAAAAAUAUUUUAAGGUCUUUUUAACAUGUUUAUGAAUGUUUGGUAUGUAAAUGAUUUAUCGGAUAUUUAAAUGGUUAUGAAGUUUAUAAUUACGUUGUAUAUCUUGCUACUGUAAAUACCCAAUGUGUAUAUACCGACAACUCUCUGUAUAGCGAGCGUAAGUGGUCUCAUAUUAUUAAUUUAAUUUUGUGAUCAGGAAGUUGUGAUCAUUUGUCCUGAAAUGUAAAUAAAUAUCUGAACGCUAUCGACAACAUAA